AUGGCAUCCAAUUCCACAUGGCACGCAUUAAGUUUGCAACAAACAAGCUUGCCCCCGCUUCUAUUCCAGUACACAGGCACUCAACAAGGUUACGCGCUCUGCGUCACGGAUCUCACCUCCAUCUGGACGGAAAACCUAUCGCACAAAGAGAUCUUAGCCCGCGCGGAAGAAAACAACACGACCAUCGAUCCAAGCGAAGAUCAAACCCAGUUUGACGUGUUCCUAGCGAAGAUCGGGGAAGCUCUGCGCGGAGACGGGGGCAGCGCCGCACUGAACAGCGGAUCAGACCCCGGCUCGCUCGAGCUCAGUACCAGCUCUAAACUCCCGGCCCCACUGCAGCCGCUGAAAUGGACCAUCUAUCUUUCAAAAGAGACCUCGUCGUCUCUGACGGAUCGAUUACUUCUCCCGCUGCUGAGAGAUGAAGCGGGCUGGGAAUCUAAGCAGCGAGUGCUUUGUGAUAAGCUAAAACAGAAGGACUGGGUUCUUGGCAAGUUUUUUGACAAAUUCGAGGCGCUGGGCGUGGAUCUUGGUACUGUUUUCCCUGCUGCUGCUGCAUUGCGCACUACGAAAAAGGGUAAUACAAGGAAUGAGGCGGCAAAGUUCAUCAAAGGGCUCGCUCCGUUUGAUGAAUCGGCAUGGCGCCGUGAGUCGGGAGAGGCGUCAUCCGAAAACUCCGGGAUAGCUGCGAAUAUCCUUUCCGAGCUUUUGGGGUCCAGCAGUCGGAGCGGUGACCUUGACAAGCUUCGUGCGCCGCAGGAUCAGUGGUGGAAUGGUCUCCAACGAAAGUCCGGAGCGACCUCGUCUCAAUUUGAUAAGAAUACCGCAAAACCAAACGAGAGUUUCUCCCCAGCUCAAAAUGAUGAGCUGGUCAGAGCUUCCCAGCAGGAUCGGGCCCUGGAUUUGGAUGGAGAUGGUGUUUCAACGGCUAGUGAGGACGAAUUCGAGCGACAAGAGACACCUCCCCGGAUCAGAGCACAAAGAGAAAAACUCGCCGCCGCUUCAUCGUCCCAGUCCAAAGCGAAAGAAGAUCAGGACCAUCGCAUGGCUGGAGACGAUGCAUCAACCGCAAGCGAAGAUGAAUUCGAGCGGCAAGAAACACCUCCCCGAAUCAGAGCUCGAAGGGAAAAACUCGCCGCUUCACCACCCCAAUCCAGAACAAAGACAAAUCAAUCACCUAAACAAAAACAAAACCAGACACCAGAGCCAGCUCCAGACCUGGAUAUGGAUUCUGGCGAAGCUACAGCAUCAGACUCAGAGCCCGAGCCCGAACCUGAACGUCAGCCCACCCCACCACCAGCCCCACCACCCAGUCCCCCCAAACCCGAAGAACCAAAAACAUCUCCCAAGAAACCCACAAGACCCAGAGGUGGGAUGGGAGUGAUCGGCGGCCGCAAAAAGAGAGAAGCAAUGGAGGCAAUGGAAGCAAAGCAGCCAAGCCCACCUCCUCCCCCAUCUCCCUCUCCACCCCCGGCAUCAUCAGCAGCGCCGCAACGCAAAACCAAGAUAGGCGGCCGGCUCGGCAUGAUAGGUGGGAAAACGAAGAAGAAAGAAUCCGAAGCCUCGUCCGGGCCCGCUGUGGAUCGCAAGCAGGACUCUCCGGAUCAGGAUACUGUCGAAGUCGCAAAGCCGGAGGAAAAACCGGCGCCUAGUCGAGAGAAAGAAAAAGAAAAAGAAAAAGAAAAGAAAAAGAAAAAGAAAAAGAAAAAGAAAAAGAAAAAGAAAAAGAAAAAGAAAAAGAAAAAGAAAAAGAAAAGACUCCGCCUCUGCCGCCGGCUGAGGAAACUGAUCAGCAAAAGGCUGUUCGGAAGCGGGAGGAGUUGA